AUGGCGUCAAAUGAAGACUGCGCCUCGGUUCUCGAGCAAUUUAUCCAUGAUGCGGCCAACUUGCCAGCGGAAAUCAACCACAUGAUGGAAGAGAUCCAGGCCAAGGAUAAGGAUCUGCAGAAACUUCUAGCUGCCAUCAAUCAGAAAGACAGCAACCUCCAAAAGCAUAUCAAGGUGAAUGGAGUUCUCACACCGCACCCCAAAGAGAACGAAUACACCGAGCUGGUUAAGAAGAAUUACGAUUUUUGUCUCCAACUUCAAGAUCAGAAAGUAAACUUGAGUGAGAAAGCAUGUAACCUUCUUGAACGCCAGGUCAAGAAACUGGACAUGAAAAUCAAGGAGCUGCAGAACGAUGGUCAGCUGCUUGAUGGGCCCCCACUUCCGAGUGUCUUCAACCGCAAACCCGAGUCACACAAGGCUCUUGUCGACGUGCCCCCAGCCCUUCCUUUACAAAAUGCGUCUAUUAGUGCUCUCAACGCGAAUGCGCAUCGGACGAAUACAAGCACGAAUGCCACUGUGCCACCACCUCAACCUAGGCAACUUCCACAGAUUGUGACGGCUACUGCGCCCGCCCAACGAAGCUCAGCCCCUGCGACUCCCGCUUCGGCAGUCCAGCAACAACGCCAACGAGAACGCGAACACUCUCUAGGCGCGGACAACAAGAGACGGAAGUUGGGGAAUCCUCUUGCCGGUGCAAAUCUGCCCGUUCAACCUUCAGGUCUUCGACAGUCGUCACUUGGCCCUGGUACGCCGAAAGCAGGGACUCCCACCGGCACAGCAAGUCGUGCUGGCAGUAUUCCUCGAACCGCAAGCUCUCAACCAACUACGGGCCCGCCCAAAAAGUCUGGCCUUUCGAAGAAGGUGGUCUCGCAUCAGCAGGUCAAUAAGCUCAAGCAGAAGGGCAUGCCUAAGGGAAGACUGUCGGUGGGACGCAAGAAAGGCCAAUCGCCCUCGGUUCGAGGCGGACGAGGUGGGACGACCGCGUCAGAAGACGCAGAUUCGGUCUUGUCCUCUGCAGAUGCUUCAGAAACAGAUGCCUCACAAUCUAGAGGACGACGGGGUACUAAGAAGCAAGCUGUCGAUGACGCUGACGCCGAUGCGGGCGAAGAUGAAGAAAUGGAAGAUGAAGAGGCCGAAGAUGACAAACGUUACUGCUUCUGUAACCAACGCAGCUAUGGAGAAAUGGUUGCUUGCGAGAACGACGACUGCCCAUACCAAUGGUUCCAUACUGGCUGCUUAAACAUGAAGAAAGUGCCGGACGAAGAUGAAGACUGGUACUGCCCAACCUGCAGAGAGAAGCCCGAGAUUAUUGAGAAGGUGCGCCUGAAGAAGAAAGGUAGUCGGAAGUAG